AUGUACACACAGGCAUACCGUCUUGGUCUUUUUGAACCGGGUAAGGGGGAAUUGCAUGAGUUGCCGCCUAUUCCCGGUUGUGAAGAUGGUUUACCUCGCUUUUGUCACAGUACCGGAGUUGGCCGGAAUAUUGUCUUUAUUGGCGGCUGGAAUACGAAAACGUGGGAACUUUUGAAUUCGGUUUAUAUUUACGAUUCAAUCACCGGGAUGUGGCGACGUGGUGUUGAUAUGCCUGGUGGUAAGAGAUCGUCUUUUGCUUGUGUGUCCGAUUUGAAUCGUAUGGUUUACAUCGCUGGUGGACACGACCAAGAAAAGAGCACCUUGAGAUCUGCUCUAGCUUAUGAUGUUUUGGGUGAUGUAUGGUUAUCCCUUCCUGACAUGGCAAGACAGAGAGAUGAAUGUGGGUAUGAAACUGAAAUGCAAGGAGAUUUUGACAAAUCAGUAGAAGUUUUUGAUGUCAACACGUGGAAUUGGGAUUGGGAUGAAAAGAAUAUAUUAGAGACCGAUGUGUGCCACAAAACGUGUGUAUUCGAUCAUCAUGGAAAUCUCUACAAAUGUGAUUCGGCGCACUUGGCUUGUUUUCAUGGUUCUACGUGGCAGCGAUUGAUCAGGCUUCCUACGGAUGUACAUUUGGGAACCUUUAUUGCAACGUGGAAGGAUAAGGUGUUUGUGAUUGGUGCAAAAAUCUUUGGCGGGCUACCAAAUUGUUAUGCGGUAGAGUUUGAGAAACAAAAUGGAACAAUUUCAUUGACAAAGUUGGAAAUGCCUGAAAAAUUUAUUGGCCCUGUACAAUUUGGUUGCGACAGAGAAUUGUGA